AUUAUAUUAGAAUUUUCCUAUCAAUUUUUUUUACACUCACGUCUCAACCUCAAAACCAACUAAAUUUUUUUACACUCACGACUCAAAACUCAAACCAAAACCUAAGGAGCCCUAUCCUCUGCACCAUUUGGUGCUUCACUCCUUCAGUCUUCUACUUUCAUCAACGUGCUUACUGCAUUUCUACUCUGCAAAGCCAUGGAGUUGAAUAUUUAUACUUAUCAGGAGUCGAAUAUUUAUACUUAUCUUUACGAUAUUCAUACUUAUCUUUACGAACUUUUCAAUUUUAUUGAAAAUCAAGUUGUGAAAUGCGGGGCGGGGACUGAUCAUAGAGGGAAGCUCAAGGAGGAACUAACAUAUUUAUUAUCACUUGUUGACCGUUCCCUUUCAGGGUGGCGCGUGGAUGAGGACAAUGAUCUGAAUGCACUUGUGAAUCGUAUCAAGAUUUUGAUCACAAAGGCAAGACAGGACCUUGACUUGCUUUGUGAUAUUGGAAGUUCUAAACUGGAUGAUGCUAUUUGUGACAUACUUGAAGAGAUUUGGCUUCUCAAGCCAGACAUGAUUUUAUUUCUACGACUACUUGCGAAUCAUCCCUCGGGGGUUGUAUAUCUUGAUGACAUCGUGGGUGGAUGCAUCGAAUCCCUCGUUGACAGUCUGGUGUUCUUGCUAAACAACAAGGCAGAUUUUGUUGCUCCUUUCAAGGAAGAUGUUGAAGUUCUCAAAGGAAAUUUAAUUUGUCUUAAAGGUUUUGUUUCCUUCAUACUAGAGAAUUCUAAUCAUCGGUCCGGCGACUUCAGCAAUUUCUUGAAUCAUGUCACAGCUGUGACUAAAAAAGCAGCGAGUUGUACUUCUUAUUUACUUUGCUUGGCACGAAAAUCGGAUGAUUGCAUUGGUUUCAUGCCUGUGGUUCUACUGCAUAGCACUAAACCUGCUAAAUCGGAUGUCACUUGUUUUUAUGUUGGAGGCCUGAAACUUUUACCCUCACGGAUAAUGUUUACUAGAAAAUUGGAUGUCUUUGCAGCAGACUUUGUUAAGUUCAUGCUUCUAGCACCGAUGACUAAGCUCUAUUCCAGUUCCUAUAUACUGGUCUACAAAGAUCGUGUUCAAAAUCUCCAACUUUGGCUCAGGUCACUGCUCUUACAUAUCUUAUGCCACAAUAUCCAUAAUGAAAGCUUGGUAAUCUUUGAUCUUGUAGUCAAUGAGUUUUGGUCGUUCAUUUACUCAUUAGACAACCGAGAAAUGAAUGAAGAUUUGGGCAACGAAUUUGAUCUUGCUAUAUCUCAGUUGGUGCAAAAGAUGAAGCCUCUGGCAUCAAAGAUCUUAGAGGGUGCUAUCAAGAUACAAAAGCCAAUACAAUUGCUCUUUUCCCAGAUUGAUAGUAUUGGAUGUAUAGAUUUGGUGUCACAGAAUUUGCAGAGAUUGUUGGAUAAUAGGAAUGAUUUAAUUUCUCCGGUAACACAUCAGAUUGAAUUUGUAAUGGCUGAGAUUAAAAUUUUCAAACCUUUUCUUGAAGCUAAUGUUGACCAACAAGGCGAGUUAUGUACGGAAAUGCUAGAUGCUUGCAAACAUUUGACUGGUUUAUUUGCCAAUUUUGAGUAUCUUGUUGACAAGUUCCUGGUUGAUCCUUCUCCCAGAUGGGAGGAUCAGUUAGGCGAUGUCGUUCAAAAUAUCAAGUUCUUCAAGGAAAUUGUUGAAUUUGAGUACAUCUGCAAAGAAGAGAAGGAUGUCAGAAGUGAUUGUCAAACAUCAAAACCUAGCACGCCAAUCAUUGAUGAAGCAGUUGUGGGCUUGGAGGAUCAGAUAGAAAUAUUAAUGGCACGGCUAACUGGUGGAGAGGACAAUCGUAAAAUUAUUCCUAUCAUUGGUAUGCCAGGGAUUGGUAAGACAACACUCGCCAAAAGAAUUUACAAUGACAGAAGAACUUCAGAUCACUUUGAUAUUCAUGCAUGGUGUUCUGUUUCUCCUAGACAUACGGCGAGUGAGUUGGUGCAAGAUAUUUUAAUAUCUAUCGUUGAUCUUAACGAUGACAUUUACAAGUCAAAGGAGCUAAAUUCUCCUGAACUUGUACACAGACGGUUAUUUGAGAGAAGAUACCUUAUUGUUUUAGAUGAUAUGUGGAACUCUCAAAGACUUGAUGAGUUGCAGCGGUGUUUUCCAGAUAAUCAAAAUGGAAGUAGAAUUCUAGUUACCUGUGGCCGAAAAUGUGAGGGUCCAUAUUUUGAUGAACCUCUUUCGGUUCGCUUGUUGACUCGGGAAGAAAGUUGGGAUCUCUUACAAGUGAAGUAUAAUCACCUUCGCUUCUGUAAUCAAGGAGGAUGUCUCAAACCCCCAAUUCCUAAUGAGAAAUGUCCUGAUAAUGUUGGGAUGGAAAUUGCGGUAAAAUGUGGAGGGCUACCUCUGGCCAUUGUUCUGGUAGCUGGGUUUCUUGUCAAUACAGAGGAUGACAAAGAUUGGCUAACCAUUACUACACAGGCCUUCACUUCAAAAACUUAUAGUGCUGAAGGAGACUGCAAUGAAAUAAUAAAAUUGAGCUACAAAAAUAUGCCAGCUUAUCUAAGACAAUGCUUUCUAUAUUUUGCAGCAUUCCCGGUGAGUACAGAAGUUCCCGUUUCAAAACUAAAAUGGUUAUGGGUUAGUGAAGGAUUUGUAAAGAAAGAUGAGAUGAAGAAACCAGAGGAGGUAGCAGAAGAUUACCUGAAUGAUCUUAUGGGGAGGAGCUUCGUAAUGGAAGCCAAAAGAAGUUCAAACGGCAAGCUGAAAUCAUGUCGCGUUCAUGAUUGUCUAUAUCAUUUCUGUGGGAGUAGAUCUAGAGGCGAACAUUUCUUGCCAGUGACAUGGCGGGUUUUUGAAGAGAGGGGACACCGAAUGGGUUUCUUUGUGGAUGACCUUUCUCGCCAUUUCCGCACAGUGAUAUAUUCUUCUGAGUACGGCUCCUGGCUAAGUCAUCCCUCAGAAUGUAUUCUAUUUCGGAUUGGUCAGCUUGUUCGAGUCUUGGAUUUGGGGUGCAUAGACAUUGGCGGUAGCUUUCCUCUGGAAAUAGAAAAGCUCGUGCAUUUGAGGUUUUUAUCACUUAAAGGUGGCAUGAUUGUCAUUCCCUCUUGGAUUGCCAAGCUCUGGAACUUAGAAACUUUCCUAGUGAAAGGAAAAGAAGGUGAGAUAGCUUUACCAGAUACACUCUUCAGUAUGAUGAGGCUGAGGCAUGUACAUGUAGAUAAUUGUACCUUCUCAGAUUCCGACUUGCCCCAGUUGGAAUGUUUGCAGACCUUAUCCACCCCAUCUCUUUCUUAUGAGACGGGGAACAAAAUGAGAAGUUUCCUUUUCCUUCAAAAACUGAGAUGCACAUUCUUGGAAUCUUGGGGUCAUUCUGAGAAAUCGGGAGGCUCUUGCAAUCGAUUUCCAGUUUUUGAAUUCUUGAAUCAGCUUGAAUCACUCAAUGUGAUUUACCAAGGCAGGGUGCUUCAGCCUUGUGAGUUUAACUUCCCCUCAAACCUUAAGAAAUUGACCUUAUCAAAGUUUCGGCUUCCAUGGGUUGAAAUUUCACCGAUUGCAGCAUUACAAAACCUUGAGGUUUUGAAACUGCUUUUGGAAGCUUUUGAAGGAGAAGAGUGGAAUGUCAGUGAUGAGGAGUUUCCAAAACUCAAGUUCUUGAAAUUGGGAAAUCUGAACAUUACGCGUUGGAAUAUAUCAGAGGAUGCUUUUCCAUGCCUAGAGCAAGUAGUGUUGCAAAAAUGCAAGCAGCUCAUUGAGAUUCCUUCUGUCUUUGGUGACUGUUGUUAUUCCCUGCAAAAGAUUGAGGUGUUUAUGUGUGGGGCCGCUGUUUCUCAAUCAGCAAGAGAAAUUGAGGAAAUUCGACAUGAAGAUUACGCAGACGCAAAAUUCAAGGUCACCAUUCAGAACCCAAACAUGGACUAACAAACUGUCGUCUUUAAUCGCCAUUACUCACCUGCACUUGAUGCGGAGCUGAAGCUUCAGCUGCCACAUCGUGUUUACCGUGAGGCCAAUAUGGUUGCAGAUUCCUUGGCGAAGCAUGGACUAUGCCUAGCUCCUACUGAUGACCAGCUUCCAAGGACUUUUACUUUUUAAUGUUUCCCCUUGUUUAGUUUACCUGCUUUUAAUAAGGAUUGCUCAACUGGACUGUGCCUAGCUCCUACUGAUGACCAGCUUCCAAGGACUUUUACCUUUAAUGUUCCCCCUUGUUUAGUUUACUUGCUUUCAAUAAGGAUUGCUCAACUGGAAUGUGCCUAGUUCCUACUGAUGACCAGCUUCCAAGGACUAUUACUUUUAAUGUUCUCCUUGUUUAGUUUACCUGCUUUCAAUAAGGAUUGCUCAACUGCUGUGACAGCUCGAGCAACCCCUCCUUGUAAUGACUUUGUAAACUUGUUUUAAUCUAUAUAUUGCAUGUUUGAAGCCCGCAAAAAAAGACUUUUUGCUUA